CAGACAAAUACUUCCGGGUGAAGCAAUUUUGCUGAAAGUGACAACAUGGUCGGUCCGUUUCCCAUCGUUAAACUUGGCUAUUUAGCAUUAAAACAAAUUAGUAAGCCACUUGCCAAUGCUUUAAAAAGUAGGGCCAAAUCAAGCCCUUUCUUUAGAAACUAUGUGUGUAUGCCACCUGCCCAGAUAUACCAUUGGAUGGAUGUCAAUGUAAGACUUAAAUUAAUGGGAAUGGGUAAAGCAACACAUGUUGAUAAACUCAGUGACUCCAUGGCAAUAGAACUAGGAGCAGAGAUGUUAGGAGAAUUCAUCUUAUUUACUUCAGCAUCAAUAAUACUUUAUAUGGAAUAUUCACGUUCUGCGGCAAAAGAAGAACUAAAAGAACAGGCAAUGUUACAAAAAGACUUAGAAUUAGAAAGACGUUUACAGGAAUUAGGUUUAAUAAGUGAAAUGCAGGAUGCUAAAAUAAGGGAAUUAGAAAGAACUGUUGGAGAUUUAGAUAGUAGAAAUCUUAGUUUAGCCAGCAAAUUAUUUGGUAAAUGAAAAUAUCGAUAGUUUACAAGUGUGUAUGUGUUGUAAGUAUAUAGAUGAUACUGCAUUUAUAAGUAUUUUGAAAUGGUUAUGUGAUUAUUUUUUUUAAAUAAAAUACCCAAACAAUCUCUUUUUUAAUAAAAUACCCAAACAAUCUCUUUUUUAAUAAAAUACCCAAACAAUCUCUUUUUUAAAUCAAAUAAAAUGUGUUGUAUAGACCAUUGAUAAUUUAUUAGUGAAACUGUCAAUAUAACAUGGGCUGAAAAUAACUUGCUACUAACUCUAGAAGCCAUUUAGUCCUUUUACUAAACUCAAAUUUUAUCUUAACUCUUGUUUGGACAGGAUUGAUUGACAUUGUAUAUAUUUUAGAUGGUUGGAUGAGGAAUUGAAAUUUGAGCAAAAAUGCAACUGAGUAAAAAUUAAUAUGGCCCCAAAUAAGUCAUUGUAAAGUCUCAAAGGGCCCAUUUCAAGAAGUACACAUAAAUCAAGUAUUUUACUCUACAACUCCUUUAUUGAACUUACAUGUAUGUAACUAUGAAAUAACAGAUCAAUGGCAAAUAGAUAUUACAAGAUCAUGCAUAAUAAAAAAAAAAACUAUAUUGUUAUGCUUAACCAUGCAAUAACUAGACAUGUUCAAUGUUAUUGCACACUAGUUUUAGUAGAAAUCAUAUAGAGAAGUGGGGUGGGUUUUCUGUGCAAUAACAAUAAGCAUGUUGAGCAGUUGUCAAUGUUACAAGUCAUUUAUAGCACGCUAUAAAUAUAACUUGUAGGCAUUUUAUGUUUCUAUUGAGUUUGUUUAUAGAAAUGUAAAACUUUAUGCCAUGUAUAAUACAUUAUAUGGAAUAACCUCUAGUUCCUAGAUAAAAAUUACUUCAUACCAGUCUGUACAACUUGAAAUUACUGCACCUGAGACUGCCUCAAACUACUGAAUCAGACGAUCUGGGGCAGUAUAUGGAACACUAGUAAAUGAUGGAUUUUUUAAUGGCUGUCAUGUUUGGAUUGAUGAUCAUAGCCCUUCAUUGACCACAGUCAUGACUCUCAAGUAUUAUGCCAUUUCCAUUAAUGCCUUUAUCUAGUUCACUGCAAAUGCUACUUGGGUUGGAAAAUACUAUAUUUUCGAAAAGCUUCAUAAAUGCCUAUUUGUAGCACAUUUAUGAGUUUAUUAUAUACAGUAGUUAGUUUUUAUAUGCCCACAUUUUCAUGUGGAGGUAUAUUGUUGUCGCCCUUGUCCGUCUGUCCCUCCACAAUUUGUUUGUGGACACUCUACAGGUAACAAUUUUUAUCCGAUUUGACGAAACUUGAAACAUAGGUCUAUCUCCCAAAGAUCUCGCUUCCUUUCGAUAUUGCCAUGUAUCAGACCUUAACUUCAUGGAUUAUGACCCCUGAUUGUACGAAAAAUCACAUUUUUAGCUUCUGGACACUCUAGAGGUCACAAUUUGAACUAAUUUUGAUGAAACUUGAAAUGCAUGUUUAUAACCCAAAUAUUGUGUUUCCUUUUGAAAUUCGCGCACAUCGGAUCGUAACUUCUUGAAUUAUGGCCCCUGAUUGUACGAAAAAUUGUGUUUUUAGAUUGUGGUCCCUUUAGAGGUCACAGUUUUUAUCUGAUUUAAAAAAACCUUUUAGUAUAUCACUGUUACACCCUAAUGAUGGUUGAGUUUGAAUUUCGUGAAAAUCAGACCAAAACUGCCGGACAAAAUGGCCACCCCUCGUAUGCAAACGGUGUAAAUAUAUGGUAUAUUAAGGUUGUGGGGUAUUGUUGACCCUCUAGAGGACACAAUUUUGAUCCGAUUUUGAGAAAACUUGAAAUAUAUCUUUAUAUUAUAAAGUUUAUAACCCAAAGAUCUUGGUCCCUUUCUAUAUUCUCGCACAUAUCGGAUCUUAACUUCUUGAAUUAUGGCCCUUGAUUGUACAAAAAAUCACUAUCCAUCUCUUGCUAAAUGUGGUCGUAUCCUGCCUGGCAGCCGCUGGUUAUGAACUGGAAUAAAAACACCAAAACAUUUACCUGAUAUAUUAUACAUGAAAGUAAACCAUGUCACUAGACAUGAUGGUUAUAUUUUUUGAAAAUUGUACGCCUCCAUUAGCUUUCGUCUUAAUUUUUACUUACCUAUAAAUAGAUUUAUUAACUGAUGGAAUAUGUGCAAAUGACAAAAUAUUUCUGCAGAAUUUUCGUAACUCUUGGUUUUGAUUACUGGUCAGCAAGUGUACUUAGUAGAAGAAUAGACAAAUCACCCAAUCUAUUAAAUUAGAGUCCAUAAUGGCCACUUUAUAUGAAUGAGUAUUUUGGGAAAUAAUAACCCUAAGGGGUAAAAGGUAAAUUGGAUCCAAGGGUUAGGGUUAUUAUUCCCCAAAAUACUCAUUUAUAUAAAGCAGAUAUUUUGGGCUCCAGAAAUUCCCGAACCUCCCUGGUACUGACCUACAAUUUCCAUCUUCCAAUGGUCGGAAGGAAUGCAAAAUUGGAUUUGUAUUCACUUUUGUUAACAGUCCACCCAGAAAAGCUGCUUCACAAUGUAACAUAUAUAUGCCCACCAGCAGCAGCUGACAAAACUACUGACCAAUAGAGACAGUAACCCUUUGAAAAAUCUUAGCGCAAGUCUGCAUUUCCAAAAAACUCCUGAGCAGGUAAUCUGACCUGUAGGGUGUAUGCAAGAUUUAUAGACAUAUGGAUGGACAACACUAUAUACUCCCACAUAGAAUGUGGGUGUAUGUGGGGACAAAAUAAAAUGGGCCAACUGCAUCUUUGUAGGCUACUAACGGUAUUUGAGUUAAACAUAUAUUAUGCAAGAGCUAAAUCUGCCUAUUGCAGUCUUUCUUUAGGCCUGAAGUGUUAUAUAAAUUAUUAAUUAGACAUUAAUUAACUUACCAAGACCAUAAUAAGCUCUUGAUGUCAUCGGAUGGCUCCUAUAUUUAGUAGAUUUGAAAAUGUUUUGUGGUUGAUGAAAUAACUGUAAAAUGGAUAGUCGAGACUUUAUUAUCGUAACAGCGGUAGUAAUCACAAUCGAUGCUAGACAAUAAUUUAUAUCCCCGAUAGCUUGGCUCAGAGUGAAGUAAUUUGACUGAAAUUUUCAGCAUAUUCUCAUUUCAUUAUCUUUUUUUUAACUAUUAUAGCGAGAACUGUCAGCUCUUUAUCUAAUCUUACAGCUUUAAUAAAGCAAAAGCAUAAUAACUCAAUCAUUUAUGACAGAUAACGGAUAAAACCUAGUGAUGGAGAAUUUCCAGAAUCAUAGUACCAUACUAAACUACAACAUAUUUAUCUAUUUAAAUUUAUUUUGGCAGCUUAUAGAAUUUUAUUUUGUAAGUACCUUGAAACAAAUUUUGACAUUCAUAAUAUAUAAUUAAAUAUGUUUAUGGAUGAUGUGACUGUGAUUUAUUAUGUAGUUAUAUAAAAUUAUGUAAUGUAGUAUGGACUUUGUAAAUAAAUGAGACAGUUUAAAAUUAUUGUUGACUUACUUGUC